ACCUUAAUAGUGCUUUAAGGAUCAUUAUUGGCUUUAAAAAGCCACUUUUUAAAUGUUAUUUUUGUAAUUCAGUGGUUAAAUCUGCAUAGAUAAAGUGAUACCUAUAGUCAGUGACAAUUUCCUUAUAUAUAGAAUCAGAAUGUUAAAAUUGAGAUCCUAUAGAGUUCCACAUUUGCACAUGAAUAACUUAAUAGUUUACAGAGGUUAAUUUGGUAAAAUAAAGUAGGUUAGUGUGUGGAAUAGCAAAGGUCAGAACCCAGGUAUAUGAAUUGUUUUUCUGGUUGUGAUGAAAAGGAACAGAUUUUAAUGGUUGAGGUAAGUUAUACAGAGGAACUCGUUAUUUGUAGUUUUGGCAGUGCAAGAAACGCAUUUUCUUAGAUGGUUCUCCUGUGAUAACAAUGUUUCUGAAAGAGAUGCUAGUGAAGCAUUUCUGUUUGAGGUUUGGUUAUGAGAGCAAACCCUUGGUUUUAUUGGGGAACCAGUAAUUCUUACUUUAAGCAGGUUAUAAAACACAAAUAAUAACAAACAUUAAAGGAAAAAGGAUGAUAACCUUAAUUGUGUGAGAUAAUGGUUAGGAUUUAUAACAAGAUAGCACUAGUUCUAUCAUACUGACAUGCAAACUUCUUGCCUAACAUGUUAAAAAUAGGAUGUGGGUUGAGCAGAUUAUUGUCCAUUACCUUUUGAUUUUUAAAAAAUACUUUAUACUUUUGAAAGUGCUUUCACAUUUUUUCUCCUUUUAUUCUUCUGGCAACCUUUAGAACAAUCUUCUCCUCCAACCCUUCCUAAGUAAUACCAACAAUAGUAGUAAUAAUAAUUAGAAAAAUAAACGUUGAGGCUGUCCAUGAUUCUGUUUCAUAGCAUCAUCUGGGCAGCUGUUAAAAGGAAAGAAAUCCUGGGAAAGAGCCUAAAUUGUACAGAUCUGUGAUUGAAGAUGUUAUUAAUGAUGUAAGAGACAUCUUUUUGGAUGAUGGAGUUGAUGAACAAGUUCUGAUGGAACUAAAAACCUUGUGGGAGAAUAAACUAAUGCAGUCUAGGGCAGUAGAUGGAUUUCAUUCAGAAGAGCAGCAGCUUUUAUUGCAAGUUCAGCAGCAACAUCAACCCCAGCAGCAGCAACAUCACCACCACCACCACCAUCAGCAAACUCAGCCACAGCAGACAGUACCUCAGCAAGCGCAGACCCAACAGGUCCUUAUUCCUGCAUCACAGCAAGCUGCUGCACCACAAGUUAUAGUUCCUGAUUCUAAGCUGAUACAACAUAUGAAUGCAUCAAACAUGAGUGCUGCUGCUACAGCUGCUACCUUGGCACUCCCUGCGGGUGUGACUCCUGUUCAGCAGAUACUAACAAAUUCAGGCCAGCUUCUUCAAGUAGUAAGAGCAGCCAAUGGUGCCCAGUAUAUCUUUCAGCCGCAGCAGUCAGUGGUUCUCCAACAACAAGUUAUACCACAAAUGCAGCCUGGUGGAGUACAAGCUCCUGUUAUACAACAGGUACUGGCCCCUCUUCCUGGAGGGAUUUCACCACAGACAGGUGUCAUCAUUCAGCCACAACAAAUCUUAUUUACAGGAAAUAAGACUCAAGUUAUACCUACAACGGUAGCUGCACCUACACCGGCACAAGCACAGAUAACUGCAACUGGCCAACAGCAACCACAGGCCCAGCCUGCUCAAGCACAAGCCCCAUUGGUGUUACAGGUUGAUGGCACUGGGGAUACAUCAUCUGAAGAAGAUGAAGAUGAAGAAGAAGACUAUGAUGAUGAUGAGGAGGAAGACAAAGAGAAAGAUGGAGCUGAGGAUGGGCAGGUAGAAGAAGAGCCCCUCAACAGUGAAGAUGAUGUGAGUGAUGAGGAAGGACAGGAGCUCUUUGAUACAGAAAAUGUUGUUGUAUGCCAAUAUGAUAAGAUACACAGAAGUAAAAACAAGUGGAAAUUUCAUCUCAAGGAUGGCAUUAUGAAUCUUAAUGGAAGAGAUUAUAUAUUUUCCAAAGCCAUUGGAGAUGCAGAAUGGUGAAGAGUUGGUUCUUUUCUUUUAUAAAUAAAACAAAGAAACUUAAAAAAAUUUAAAGUGGACAGUUUGAAACUUGGGACAUACACCAACCAAAACUUAACUUCUGCAUGUCAGAAAAGUGCAGUAGAAUCAAAGCUACUGGAACAAAGAGACCUUGACAACAUAGACACUACUAACUGGCAAGCCAUGGAACUGUAGCACCUGGGGUUGUUGGGGUGGGGGAGGUUGGGGUUUUGGAAAACCAUAACUGUUGAUUUUAAAUACAGGUACCUGCCACCAGUAAUUAGCAUGUAAAGCUUUGUCUAUAUUCCUUCCUUCAACUUGGGUUCAAUCAGAAGAAACUUGGAACGAACUGAAGAAAAUUCCCUUUUGAUAGAUUGAACUGAAACUGCGUAUCGUAUGUGGUUAUAUUUGGUAAAAAUUGCGUGUGAUCUUUUUACAAAAGGGUAAGAAUUAUGGUGUUGAAUUUUAUCACUUGUAUAAGGAAACACUUUAGAACUCUCAUUAUAGGUCUUAAAUAUUUUUACUAGCUAUUCUCCCUCAGUAAUAUAUACCUCUUCUUCCCUGCUUUAUGAAACAUCUCUUUAAGAGUUAAAGGAAGUAAUCAGUAAUCACAGUUUGGAGACAAAAUUUGACCCAGGAAUGGUUAUUUAUUUUAAUUAGGUUUUUGUACUCAUUAAAUAUAACUUUUAAAGACUUGGGCCUCAUUGAGUUAAACAGAAUUAAAAUGACAACUUUGGUUUCCUUACCAAAAAUGCUUGUUUCUUUUAGUCCCAUUCCUUAUGAAGAAACCCCAGGAUGGCUCCUCAGGAAUACAGUUUUAUUUCACAGAGGUACCAUCUAGCUGAAAUUACAUACAUAAGAAUAGAUACAGAUUUUUUCCUGUUGGGCUGAAGUAUAUGCUUAUAUAUGUGUUUAAUCUUUAAGCUAAACAGACAUUCAGAUAACAUUCUGUGCAUUGACUGAAGCAGUGGGUAGUGAGGACCUGGAUUUUUUUAAAAACAGUUUAGUAAUUAUAAAAGUUUCUUGUGUUUACUAGUGAAGAAUUUAAAAACUAUUCUAAUUGAACAAAUUUUUUUAAUUGCAACUUGGUAAUUUGAGGGAGAAAUUUUGGGGUUAAAGGGGGUGGGCCACUAAGUACAUAUUUACCUCUCUUUCAUUUGGUGGCCCUUCCAGGCCAUUGGUAAUGUAGGCAUGGGCUCCAGUUUGCACAUCGAGAAGAAAGCAUAGAAAUUUGACUUGUAUAUUAAGAAUAAUAGAAAUGUAAUAUGUAUAUUAAGAAUGCACAGCUCUGUAUUCUGUAAGAGCCUCUAAAGAACAAUAUGGCAGUGCUGUGUUCUGUAUGAACUAGUUGCCUGGGAGAACUGUAGGAACACUUCAUCUGUGUUUUCUUAUAACUGAUUCUUUUUCAUGGUCUAUCUUGACAAAUUAACGUGUGUUUAAGAUACUUGUACAUUGCUUUUUUUUUUUUAAAGUCUUCCAUUUUUGUCUUCCUUUUAUUUGCCUUUGGUGUUUCCAGAAAUAACAGAAACACUUUACAUUG